CCUUUCCGCUUUGGGCAGCUAGAAAACUGGGAGGAAUUUUUCGAUGUGCUUCCGUUGAAGAAAGCUCUGACGAACGUGUUGAUUGAUAUUGACCUAGAAGAUCCUCUCAUUCAGCGUGUCUGCAUGGCCCUCCGAGAGAGCGAAGCCGAAGACAAGGUUACGCUGGGAUCUCCGCUUCCUCCGAAAAGCUUGGAUCUGCUAGAAUAUAUGGACUAUUCAGAGUUGCACCUGGAUGGCUGUAGUUUAGAGAAGAACGCAGCUCCUCUUUUGAACCGCCUGCUUUGGGUUGAACACAUCACUACAGUACGUAUAUGCUUUUUCCGAGGUGACUUGGCUUUAUCUUCCGCGUUGGCUGACUACAUCGCGAAAACAAGCUUUCUUCGCUCGCUGUAUGUAGAAGUGUACAGCUGUAGCUACUCAGUGGCGGUGGACAUCACGAGCAACUGGUGGACCAUUGUAAUAGAAUCACUGGCCGCGAACAAGAGCAUACGAGAAUUGGGGCUUCACAAGCCGGGCAAUAUGGACGAUCAAGACCUGGAGAGGCUGGCUGACGUAGUGAGGGGCAGCCGAAACAUCAGAAGAGUGAUGAUCUCAGGCGACGUCAGCGCCUUUGCACAGCACUUGUCCGUGGGAAUUGCGGACAACUACACCCUGCUUGGGGUCACCUUCUAUGAUCGAGUGUACCCAGAAGUGGCCAAGCAUUGGUUUGCAGUCAGAGACACAGCGAACCGGAACUACGACUUGGUGACACGCGCAGCUCUUUUCGUUAGUGGCUCCCGAGACGACCGGUACCAUGUCGCUGCACUGGAGCGGGUGUACAAACACACGGCGCUCUUGGAGGAGCUGGCUGAAGUGCUGUGCAUGGACGAGGCCGAGGUCGCCGUUCAUGUUCGAGAGUCGCUCAAGUGCAUCGAGGGUCUUCACGACUUCUUGCGGUACGCGGGCGUCGUGAAGGAGCGACUCGAGUUCCACCCGAACGAAGAUGGGCGCGCACAGCUGGACGCCCUGAACGAGGACUGCUGGCGUGUUGUGAGGCGUCACCUGAUGCUGGAUGACGUCAUGAAUUUGUCCGAAUAGCCGUCGUCGUAGGAGAAAGGCCCCCAGUUUU